AUGACUCCUUCGUUAAUGUUUCCUGGCGAUAUGGACCCAUCUUCUUCUUCUUGUUCUCCGGCGAGUUUUCAUAUACCUGCUGCUCAGCAUCCAGAGAACUUUCAAAAUGGAGGAGGAGAAGGAGGAGAGAUGGGAGGAUUAAGUGAUCACAAUAAGAACAACAAAGGGAAAGGAAAGAGAUCAUCGGCGAUGCAAAGGAUUGCGUUUCAAACACGGAGUGAUGAUGAUGUUCUUGAUGAUGGUUAUCGGUGGCGAAAAUACGGUCAGAAAUCUGUUAAGAACAAUGCUCAUCCCAGGAGCUAUUACAGAUGUACGUACCAUACAUGCAACGUGAAGAAACAAGUGCAAAGAUUGGCAAAAGAUCCAAACGUUGUCGUAACAACCUAUGAAGGUGUUCAUAAUCAUCCUUGUGAGAAGCUCAUGGAGACUCUUAGUCCUCUCCUUCGACAACUUCAAUUCCUCACCAGAGUUUCUGAUUUGUGA